CAUCACUAGUGCAAGCUGCUACCAGCUGAUGUAAACAAACCAAUUUCUGUGUGGUAUUUUUCAACUGUUGCCGCUUUUUUAAAUCUACUCUAAAAAAUGUUUGAGCGCAAUCAAAAAACUAUAUUCGUGUUAGAUCAUACGCGAUAUUUCAGUAUAUCUAGUGAGCAGUACAUAUCGAUGGAUUACUUAAAGGGCAAACCAUUGCCCGAGACUUCGGCUCCAAGUGCCACAACACCAGUUGCCCAGACGCAGUUGAGUAAGAGCUUGUGGACAUGUGCUGUGGAAUCGUCCAUUGAGUAUUGCCGCAUUGUUUGGGAUCUUUUUCCGGGCAGAAAGCAAGUGCGUUUCAUUGUUUCUGACACAGCGGCGCACAUUGUGAACACCUGGAGUCCAAGCACCCAGAAUAUGUCGCAUGUGUCGAAUGCCAUGAUGAUGGUCAGUGUGCCAUCUCGAAGCAUACCACAAUCCUCCGACUAUUCUGUCAUACAUGGACUACGGGCUGCAAUCGAGGCUUUGGCAGAGCCCACAGACGAUCAAGUCCAAGCUGCUCAAUCUGGUUGCACUAAGAUAUCAAAUAAAGGACGCGUCAUCUGUAUUACCUCGGCUAGGGAUAAUACCAGUAUGAAGAGUUUGGAAGACAUUUUCAAUACAGUGCUGCUGCAGCAAAAUGCGUUGGCCUCACCUCCCGGAAAGAAAGGUCUGCUAAUAGAUCAUUGCCACUUGGUGAUACUCAAUAUUGUACCUUUGGGCAUCGAAUCAUUAGUCACUAAUCGUCAGUUGUUGGAAAUUUCUCCACUAUUGGAUGUGGAGAUACACACGGUUAACGCCCCCGAUAUAUCCGAUAAGCUGUUACACCUGAUAAUGGGACAUUAUGAUCUGGCCAGCACCACAGUGACCAAUAUACCAAUGAAGGAGGAACAGAACGCCAAUUCGAGCGCCAAUUACGACGUGGAAAUAUUGCAUGAGCGUGCCGCGCACACAAAAGUGUGUGGACCGGAUUUCACUCUGCCAACAAGCAUAAAGGUGGGCACAUCCUACGAAACGGUCACGCUAAAAUGGUGCACACCUCGUGGAUGUGGCUCUGCAGAUCUGCAGCCCUGCGUCGGUCAAUUCAAUGUGACCCCCGUGGAUGUUACUUCGCGUCCAAGCUCAUGCCUAAUUAACUUUCUGCUAAACGGUCGCUCGGUGUUGUUGGAGGUGCCACGAAAAACGGGCACAAAAACCACCAGCCAUAUGUUGUCCGCUCGUGGGGGUGAAAUAUUUGUGCACUCCCUUUCAAUAGCACGUUCAGCGAUGGAUGAAGCACCUUCAAUUGGCGAUGGACCUGGUGGACGUGUUGCAGAUUAUCGCAUUGCUGAAAUGGGCCAGUUACUCAAGAUGUCACGUAUGGUGCCGCUGAAGGCCAAGCCCAAAAGCAGAAUCUCCCCUGGCGAGCAUUUAUGGCGACGCAUGCCUCGAUACUUUCCGAGAACUACCAACGUUACGAUUCUUUUCAACUUGCAGCGGCAAUUGGCGUGGCUGCCGCACUUCCUACAUCUGCUGGUCAAGGAGGACAUGGACAAGCAGGAGGAGGUGCGCUGCCAGCAGCACAUCCAUGAGUUGUACAAAAGUGCAUCACGUGGUGAAAUGCUGCCCUUUGGUAACACAAACAACAUACGGCCGAAGGCAAGCAAAAGCAAGGAUCAGUAUCGACUUUUCUACAGAGAGCUGGAACAAUUAAUUCAGCUGAAUGCUCAGACGACUCACCACAAGAACUUGCUGGAGAGUCUGCAAAGUCUGCGUGCAUCUUAUGGCGAUGUGACUAAUAAAUCUGAAGCGGGCGUCGCCCACUUGCGUUCGUACACUGAGUCACCACUUUCACCCGAACGCUUGGAGCCCAAUAGCAUAAGCAGCAGCAACGCGUCCAGUAGUCUUCUUAAGGCCAGCAAACGACGCAUGUCCAGCUCGGGACAACGUUCACUUCUGGACAUGAUAAGCAAUGCGGAACGAAAUCAAUCUAGCAAGCGAUUGGAUUUUUCGGGGCGUCUUUGUACACCAUUGGGUCAGACAGCUAAGCUUUACCCUGAUUUUGGAAACAAGGAGAAAGAUGUGUUAACGCCUGGCUUACUAUCGACCAACUUAAAAGACGAAUCGAUUCGCAGCUAA